AUGCAAAUGGACUGGGUGGAGUUUCUGCGCCAGGUGACCGACCAUCAGGUGGAGCACCCACACCUUUGGAGCCUCGUGGGGCGCGGUGGUGACAGUUACGACUACAUUCAGAGGAAUGUGUGGAUGACCAACAACGGCUACCGAGAUUUCAUGUACUACUCGCCCCUUUGCCACGUGCUGGCGCAGCUGGCGCGGACCUCGGAGCUGCGGCCCAGCACGGACGUGCUCAUCGUGAACCCCAACGAUGGCAUCAACUGGCACCAGGACAAUCAGAACGGCCCGAUCGAUGCUGACUAUGCAAUCCGCUGGUGGACUGCCAUGGAUGCCUGCGGUGAGGGAAAGAUCGGGGUGCCGGAAUAUUUGAUAGGCUCGCACCGGAACCAGACGGUGAAAGACGAGGUGGCUGUGGAUAUUUCGGGAGGAGAUUUGCCUCGGUUUACUGAUUGCACUGAGUAUGUCGUCCAGCCUGGUGACCUCAUUGUGUGGAACACCCGCACCGUGCAUCGGAUCCGCGACUUGGCUCAAGCGACUCCUCGCGAAUCGGCACUGCCAGGGUCGUUCUGA